AUGCCGACCCUACCGUUCGAACUCCAAACGCUCAUCCUUCUCCACCUUCGAGAUUCAAGUUCCAACUUCAGAGGAUAUUCGAGCAUUCUCACAGUUUGUGCUCUUGUCUGCCGCGCAUGGGUCUCUUCCUCACGUUCAGCGCUUUUCCAUCGUUUUGUCUUGGAUGACAACAGCGUGGGAGAGUUUCUUCAACUUUACGACCAUCCCCUAGAGACAUUCUCCCUUGCCCGAGUCACGCAAUUCGAGUAUCAGCAGUGCGAAGUUCGAAACCGCGACUAUUUGCAAGACCCGACAAGUUCUUGUGAUACAUUGAACAAGGUCCUCAAAUGGCGUUCGUCGGACGGCAAACGGGACCUUUCCACCAUGCUUUCUGUCACCGAACGUAUGGAGCUAGGUUACUUUGGAUGGGAUACUCUUGAUGGAAAAGGGAAACGAAGGCUGGCGGAAUGUUUUUCGUCAAUCCAGCACCUCAAACUAUACGGAACUGAAUUCGAGAGCGGUGACGCUCUUCAGUCAUUUAUCAAGUCAUUUUCAGCGUUGGGGAGCUUGCAUCUGGAUGACGUUGUAUUGAUGGCGGGGUCCAGGGCUCCAGUCGGGAAACAGACAGAGACAUGGUCGCAUGAUGACAUUCCCAUCAACCUCCACACUAUUGUUUUAGAACAGAUGUCGCGACGCGAUGGGACAGACGUGGUUGAAUCUCUUACUCCUUGCCCAUCCCUACGAAACUUCAGCUAUCACCACUACUUCGAUGUAAACGGCCUCACGACCUCUCGUACGACUGCCAUUGGCAAGCUACUGGCAUCUGCUGCCCAAACACUGGAACAACUCACCGUAACAGUUUGGAGGCAGGGUGAGGAAAGCCAGAUCGAAAACGCCUUCCGAGCCAUCGAUAUCAGCCUGAACCCAAAUCUACGACGGAUCAACUUGUCUGUUCAGAGUUCAGCCUACUUGAUUCCAUUUCUGGAACGUUUCACUCUCGCUAUUACUAAGGCCAACGGCCAUGGAAGCUACACCCCAGAGCCAGAAGAACCUUGUUUACACUCGCUCCACAUCGAACAUCUACCCAAACUCGACAUUAACUGGGAGCGCUUGGACAAUACACUACAACACCCGAUUUUCUCUGCUUUACGUGAGAUCAACUGUGAAAUGAAGUUUCGUGACAGGUGCAGGGACAGUUAUGGUGACACGAAAUCCCUUUUGACAAUCUCGGAGGAGGUUUACAAAGGCGUCAAAGAUUUCCGAGCUCGACUUCCGCAAUGUGAUAGUCGCGGUAUUCUCAAAGUCGUUGUCAAAUAUGAUCAGCUGUAA